AUUCGUCACAAGUUGCGCAAUCCGAACAUGGCACGCAUUCAGCUAGAAAGGUCUGGAGAUCCUGAUGCCCUCGGAAGGCAGGAGCGCGUCGUCCAGCGCCUGCUCAACCGGUUCCAGGCCACCAAGUACAACGGCAACAACUACUUCAUCGGCAAGCUGUACCUCAUGGAUUGGGUGGAUGUCCCAGAGAACAUCCUGGCCCUUGAUUUCGUGGGGGACCGUGACGUAGAUGAUGUGGUUGAAGGCGACCUGAAUGGAGAGGGUGUGGAGGUUAUUUUCUGAAGGGGGCGAUGGGGCAAGUUGCAUGUGGAUGUGCUUCGUUAUCAGGGAUGUGAUUCAAGACGUGCUGGUGUUUUGGAAGUUGAUUAGGGCUUGUCUUUAUGUUGGAUGAAGAGGUAUUGUUGAGGGUUGUUUUUCAUUGCCAAUAAUAUCUGUUAUGGUUUGCGGGAAUCUGACUUGGGGGAAUCUGACUCGGGAACAUCACCUGCGAAUCUCACGUGGGAAUCUGACCUGGGAAUCUGACUUGGGAUUCUGACCUGGGAAUGUGACGUGGGAAUCUGACAUGGGAAUCUGACUUGGGAAUUUGACAUGGGAAUCUGACCUGGGAAUCGGACCUGUGAAUCUGUCUCGGGUAUGUAACUUGGGAAUCUGGCUUGGGAAUCGGACUAGGGAAUCUGACUCAGGAACCUGACAUGGGUGUCUGACUCCGGAAUCUGACUCAGUAAUUUGUCUCGGGGCAUCUGACUUGGGAAUUUGGCUUGGGAAUCUGAGCUGGGAAUCUGACUUGGGAAUCUGACUGGGGAAUCUCACUUGGGAAUCUGACUCGAGAACCCGACUUCUGAAUCUGACACGGGAAUCUGACUUGGGAAUCUAACGUGGGAAUCUGACCUGGGAAUCUUACUUGGGAAUCGAACUAGGGAAUCUGACAUGGGAAUCUGACUUGGGAAUCUGAACUGGGAAUCUGAACUGGGAAUCUGACUUGGAAAACUGACCUGGGAAACGGACGUGUGAGUCUCUCGGGUAUGUGACUCGGGAAUCUGACUUGGUUAUCUGACUGGGGAAUCUGAUUUGGGAAUCUGACCUGGGAAUCGGACCUGUGAAUCCGUCUCGGGUAUGUGACUCUGGAGUCUGACUCGGAAAUCUGACUUGGGAACCAGAGUCGGGAAUCAGACUUGGGAAUCUGACUUGGGAGAGUGACUUCGGAAUCUGACAUGGGAAUCUGACUUGGGAAUCGGACCUGUGAAUCUGUCUUGGGAAUUUGACUCAGGAAUCGGACUUGGGAAUCUGACUUCGGAAU